AUGUCUCUUCUCUCUCUUCCAUCGGAAAUGAAUUUGCUCAUUUCAAGCCAUUUGAACUCGCCAAAAAACCUUCUCAGCUUCCUCCGAACGAGCCAAAAGUUCUACCAUCUCUUGAUCAAUGAGCUCUACCAACAUAAUAUACGCUCGGAUGGUGGAUCGGCCCUUUUAUGGUACGCAAGUCGUGGGGACGAACUUGGAGUCCGGAAUAUGCUUCGUGCGGGUGCGAAUGUUAACCUCCGAUCGCCAAAUCGCGCACAGUCGACAGCUCUUCUGGAAGCAGUUUCUACCAAGCAUACCAGUGUUGUACAAGCGCUUCUAGAGAAUGGGGCUUUGCCAGAUGUGGCCGAUGCCCGAUCUAGAAGACCCUUGGUUUUGGCGACAAAUGGUCGUAGCGACGUGGCGAUCACCAAGUUGCUCCUAGAGCACGGCGCCAUAGCCAACUCCGUUGCGUUUGACAAAUAUGCUCCAUUACGGGAGGCUGUCCGUUCAAACCAGGAAUCCAAAGUGGCAUUGCUUUUGAAGCAUGGGGCUGAUACACAUAUCCUGGACCGCCGAACUGGGAUGACCCUCGUGCACAUCGCGGCUUCCAAGAACGCUACCCCCGGAAUUAUCAACAUCCUCCUAAGCUCCGGUGUUCAAUUGGAGUCUCAAGACAAUAUGGGCAGAACGCCACUUCAAGUAGCAGCUGACCAUUCAUGCACCCGCGCUGUGCGCCUGCUAUUAAACCUUGGCGCCAAUCCAAACUUCAAAAACAAUAAUCAGUACUGGAAAGGGUGGAGUGCACUUUUCUACGCUGCAACAAAUCCCAGCAUUCCCGGGAACGGCAGAAAAAGCAUCAUUCGAGCAUUAUUUCUACAUGGAGCUGAGCUCGAUGGUAGAAAUCACGCUCAGAAAACGCCUCUACACCAUGCCAUCUCUAAGGGCGCCAUAAAACAGGCGCAAGCUCUUGUUGAAUGUGGUGCCAGUAUUAUGGCUACAGAUGCCAAUGGAGAUACGGUCCUUCAUAUAGCUGCUUCCUCAUCGAGCUGGUGUCCCAGCAUGGAAUGUGUUCGAAAACUUCUGUUGCUUGGAGCUGAUGUUCAAUUUCGAAACAACGAUGGGCUGACACCUCUUUCCCUUGCUGUACGCAUGGGAUCUAUUGAGGCAACAAAGAUUCUACUCGAACAUGGAAGCUGUGCUGAUUCGAGAGACAAAAAUGGCAAAUCCCCUCUGCAUUAUGCUGCCGAAGCAGGGAAUGUCCACAAGAUUGUCAAACUUCUCAUUCAAUACGGGGCUGACGUGAACUCUCGGGAUAUACUUGGAUUCACGCCAUUGCAUAAGAUUGUCGCCAAAGAAGACACGUGGGAAGCAGCGGGGGAGUUGUUAAAGGCCGGGGCUGAUCGAUACGCCAUAGCUGGUGAUGGAAACUUCCCUCAUGACAUGGUUCCUGAUGGCGUUUGGGCGGAAACGAAACGUUCCUUGAUCCGUUUUUAG